AUGCUUAUCCCAAUUCCAUUGAACUUGGGCAUCGUUCUCUUCUACGAUCCGACACCAUCAUCGGAUUCCGAUUCGAUACGAUCAAGAAUCCGUCACUUGCAACAAUCGUUGUCGGAAAUCUUACCCCAGUUCUACCCUCUCGCCGGAAGAUACAUCAAGAAAGACCUAUGUAUCGAUUGCAGUGACCAAGGCGCCGAGUUCAUCGAAGCGGAAAUUGCCGACGAAGAUGCCGAUUUCAACGAUUUUGUAUCGAAAAGGGAAUCCGGUGAGCUGAAUGAUCUCCUCCAUAGUAAAUUCUAUCAAGUCGACGAAUUACCUACGGACCCGCUUCUGUCCGUUCAGGUGACGAAAUUCAAGUGCGGCGGGCUUGUAAUAAGCGUCAGCGUUUCUCAUAGAAUCUACGAUGCUUGUUCGGUAGGUACAUUCAUUGCCGCGUGGGCGAAUGCCACCAAUCCGGGCGGGGCCCACAAAUUUGAAAUCCACCCAAGUUUUGAGUCCCCGACAUUGUUUCCGCGCAGGAACCAACCCUACGGGCCUGAGUCCGGGCCACCAGAGAACGGCCCGGACCAUCCUAAGCUUAUUGUGAAGAAGUUUUCGUUCGACAAGGAUGCGAUAAAGACCCUGAAAUCGAAUAUAGUAAGCAAGAACUCGAUGAAUAUCUCCAGAGUGCGUGUCGUGUCCGCGAUUAUAGCCAAGGCCCUCAUCGGUAUGGACCGGGCCAAAAACGGGCUAUCGAGGCCUUGCAUGUUUAUUCAAGCGGUGAAUUUCCGGGGGAGGACGGUCCCACCUCUACCAAAGGACUCGUGCGGGAAUAUGUUGGUGUUGUCGCCCUCUCGUUGCAUGUCGGAGGACGAAACCGACAAUUGUGGGAUCCAAGAGUUGGUUGAUGUUCUCGGCGAUGGUCUGGAAAAGACCAUCGCGGAUUGUGCGGAUAUGUUCUCUCCUAGUGGGGAUGCGCACGCUAUUAUCAUGGACCCUCUGAUAAGCUCGAUCCAGAAAACGUGGGGGACCGAGGUGAAUUUUGUGGUGUUUAGCGAUUGGAGUAAGUUCGGGUUCUACCAAAAAGCGGAUUUCGGGUGGGGCAAACCGGUCGGGGCGGGAAUCGGGGCGACGCCCGGGGAGAAGAUGAUAGUGAUGAUGGAUAGCAAAGAGGGUGAUGGGAUCGAGGCGUGGGUGCAUUUGAAUAGCGAUGACAUGGCUUGCUUCGAGCAAGACCGGGAUAUCAAAUUACUUACGACGUAA